AUGGCGUCAAAGAAAUCCCAGUCCAGCCAAAGACCGGGAACGGCAGCGGCAACGCCAAAUGGCGGAGCCGAAAGACCACCGAAGAGGAGAAAGCUAUCAGUUCCAUCCACACCGUCAGCGCCAGCGUCAGCGUCUGGCGGCUCCAAACGCCCCCAAGAGAAGGCGAGCAAGAAGGGAAACCUCGUGAAACCGACAUCAAAGAAACGUGCCCUACCACGACCCCCACGCCAGAGAAGAUCUCUCCGACCUCAACCACUACAACGGUCCGGCGAGACACCCAUUGAAAAACCCUUCCCAACCACGAGCAAAGCGACGUACGCAAAAUCCAAUUCCGGGGCCUCGACGCCGUUGUCGCCAGCGUCAGAUACAAGCCACAAAAUCAACUUUACGAAAUCGCUGCUCGACCAGAUCUGGACGCGCAACAAGAAUCAGCACCGGACGCAACCAUGGUGGAAAUGCCUAGGAAUGCUAAGGAAAGCCUUGACCCAGCUGGCUCUUUUGGACGACCAGGAAACCCACGUUCGUCAGCAGCAUGAGACCAGCGACGGCAGUGCUCGCAUCAACCUCGACGCGAAGGAGGUCCGGCUACGUUUCGAAAAAGAGGCACAGAUACGAAGCGAGCGCGAGCUCUGGAGUGAGUGGGUUCGCGAGACCCUGGUGCCACGCUCGUACGUGGCCUUCACGUCGCUGGUGAGCGACACCCAAUUCGCCAACCUGGGCGUGGUGCUCGUGGGUGCCCUCGCAGAUAUAGCCAGCAUAUCCGGUCAGCCUACGAGUGCGAGAGCGAGUACAGCGACGUCAAAGCUGGAACGACCCGUUCCAUCCACAGUUCUCGCGAUGGCAACUGGCGCGGCCGGGGAGCAGCAGCCGGCCGGUGCCUCCGUCCGUGCCAAUCAUCGAAAAGCGACCAGUCUGAUGGCCAAGAGUACAGGAGUCACGGGUCUACAGAGCGGUGAACAAGUAGAGAGGGCAUACGAAAGUGAUGACAUGGGUGAGGUGGUCGAGAGACCAUUACCCCAAGACAAAACCCACCAAAGGGAAGAUUCAGAGUCCUCGUCCAAGUCCAAGUCACAGGCAAAGACAAAUGCAAACGGUGGUCCAUCAUCGCCACAAGCGAGUGUACGCGUACGGAAAGAGCUGUACACUGAAACGAUUAUCAGUGACGGUCGCUCCCAUGCCGGACCUAGUGAUGGUGUAGUGCCACCUGUAUCCGAUGACGAUGACGAGGCAGCAACAGCAGAUAAAGAAGAAGAAGAGAAGAACAAGAAGAAGCCGUCUGUUCAGAACAGACCGCAGUCUCAGAAAAGUCGUGCGCAAUUGGACAUACAUCCGUCGCCCUCUAAGAAGAAAAUAGCUGCGAAACAGCAACCUCAACCGAAAAUGCCUACUCCUCCCACGGCGAGCAAACUCGGUCAGCAGAAGGCCGAUAAGAAAACAACAAGCAAAGACGAGAAAAGGAAAAAGAAAAAGACCAAGGGGAGUGCCAUCGACGACUUGUUCGCCGGACUACUAUGA